AAGUCCGUGAGAGAAAACAAUAGGGCAGGUGUUCCUGGAUGGGCAACGUUUCCUCAUGAAGAGCUCGCUCUCCAUUUGUUUGGUAAAGUAUUGAGUGUGUUGAUCUGCAUUAGAGAAAUGGCCCGUGAAUCACAGAGAGAAGGCUCGAGAGACGCGUACGACUACAUUCAAGGGAACAGUUAUCGCAGUGACCAGCAGUCUCUACGGCUACGACGGGUCUCAUCUCGGGUGUCCAAUCACAACUAUCCUGAGAACGACCCUUGCCCGACUCCUGGAGAGGAGAAUGAGGAAGGCAACAGUGGACCAACCCGGGAGCUCAGGACCAUUCCUCUGCCCAUGGCGUUGAAGAGAGCCGUGAGGCAGGUGCAGCAGAUGCAUGUGCCCGUGGUUUCCAGGAGGCAGUCCUGGAGGCAGAGAAAGUCUCUGCAUAAACUAAAAGAAAAGGCCAGUGAAUGUCUCCACUUUUUCACACUGUGGAGAAAGUCUUUGCAAAAGAUUGGAGGGAACUUUGGAGGUGGCGUCGAGUCCUACUUCCUGUUCCUGCGAUUCUUGGUGGUGCUCAAUUUUGUUUCCUUUUUACUGAUUGCGGGAUUCGUCCUCAUCCCCAGCAUCGUCUUCAGAUCUGUCGGGGGCAGCCUGGUUAACAGCACUGGUCCAGAUGAAUGCACGCUGUAUGACCCCAGUCCUCAAGGCUUGGUCUUGUUCUAUAAUUACUUCCUUGACUUACUUUCGGGGACGGGUUUCAUGGAGUAUUCGUACCUGUUUUACGGCUACUAUAGCAACACAAUGGUGGCGGACCGGAACUUCUCCUACAACAUUCCCCUGGCCUACCUCUUCACUGCCGUCUUCUACUUUCUCUUUUGUCUCAUUUGCAUCAUUGCACGCAUGGGGAUUGCAACUCGAGUUGCCGUGGCAACGGGAGGCGGCUCUGUGGGCAACUACAGCGUGAUAUUGUUCACCAACUGGGACCAUGGCUGCCAGGGCGACCGAGCUACCAAACUGAAGCAGAAGAACAUCCUCUACCGACUGCAGGUGGAUCUGGAGGAGGAGAGCAGGAAGAAAAGGACAGCCGCUCUGACUUUGGGGCAAAAACUUAUUUUAUACUCUCUACGUGUUUUGAUGUUUUUGGUUUCCUUGGGGCUCAUUGCGGCGGCCUGCUACGCCAUCUUCGUGGCCACCAACUUCAGCCAGAAAAAAAGUAGUGCUGACGGGAUCAAGGGUUUGAUUUUUGAGUACCUGCCGUCUAUUGUCAUCACCACGGCAAACUUCCUGGUGCCACUGCUUGGUGACCAGAUCGCCCUGAUAGAGCGAUACUCGCCCAGCAAUACUGUCAUAGUGGCUCUAUUAAGAGCGGUUUUCCUUCGUCUUGUGAGUCUGGCUGUUCUUCUCUUCACUUUGUGGGGUCAGAUCACCUGUGAAGGGAACAUAAACAGUGAAAAUUGUACACUGUGCAAAUACCACUAUAAAGCCCACCCGUGCUGGGAGACGCGUGUGGGACAGGAGAUGUACAAGCUGACACUCUUUGACUUCCUCGUCAACAUCGCUUUGCUCUUCUUGGUGGAGUUUCCACGCAGGAUGGUGGUGGACAACUGGUCCAGUAAGCUGGCUCAGUGGGUGGGUCGACAGGAGUUUGUGGUUCCUGCCAACGUGCUGGGACUGGUUUACGGUCAGACCGUGGUGUGGACAGGAGCUCUUUUUUGCCCGUUGCUGCCGCUCAUUAACACCGUCAAGUUCAUACUCCUCUUCUACUUCAAGAAGACCACGCUCUUCUACAAUUGCCGGCCAGCACUAAGGACGUUUCGCUCCACCUACUCCACCGUCGUCUUCCUGGUGGUACUCCUGUUCGGCUGGGGCCUGGCCACAGUUGUCAUGGUUUACAGUCUCGCUCAGAUCAGUCCUUCUAUGGGUUGCGGUCCUUUCCGUUUCUUCCCCAGCAUGUGGUCGAUUGUUCCAAAAUCUUUCUACAGCCUCUCUGAAACUACACAGAACUUUCUGUUCUUCAUUGGUUCACAGGCAUUCUCCAUCCCCUUGUUUGCGUUAUCUUGUGUGGUGAUGUGCUAUUUUGUAGCCUUAGCCUCCGUUUAUGGGAAAACUGUCGCCAUGUUAAGAGCUCAGCUCAAACUGGAGGGCCGUGACAAGCAGUUCUUGGUGAAGCAGAUUGAGGAGCUGAGUCGUCAUCAGAUACUAGAACACACUGCAGGAGCAUACGCGUAAUCAUAGCAUAACAACCAUAUUUUAGUUUUAUCACCUUCUAAAAAAAAAUGCAUCAUGAUGAGGAUGAUAUGUACACUGUAUGUAUAAAGCAAGUGUCACAUAAUGCAGGCUUGGGUUCAGCAGAUAAUCCUGCAUUAACAAUCAUUAAAAAAAAACUGUGGUUGUUGCUGAAUCAGACAGAUAUAAGUUUUUAAGGAACAUGUCAACCUAAGUAAGUGGUAUGUGAUUAAAUUACAUUAAGAUAACGAUAAGUUAUGUAAAUUGAAUCCUUGGUAUCAAUAAACUUUUAUUUUUCCAUGCAAAAGUAGAUGUUUUGUAUUU